AUACUUUGAAGAUAAAUUUAACCCGUUUUACAGUAAAUUAACGUACACUCGCUUUUUUUGGAGAAUUUGUAAAUAAUAAAAUAUUUAUGCAAGUGGGGUUAGUGGAAAAGAGAAUUAAUAAAAUAAUACUGGAUCUUUACCCAAAUGAAAAGUGUUGCAACUAUUAUGAAACGGAGGUAAAUGAAAAAUGUUGCGAUCAUUACAAAACGGAAGGAUUAGAAAUUCCCAUUUUAGUCACCAAUCCUAAUUCCCCACAAACUCAAAACUCCCGCCAAUUCCUAACCCUCAUCCCUCCUAAAAUCCCAAACCCUUCUCUCUCCCUCCUUCUCACAUAACAAAAAUGGCGGAAGAAGAAGAAAACCCCUCACCAGAAACCCUAAAACCCUCAUUUCCAACAGGAAGAGUGAAGAAAAUCGUGAAAUUCGACAAAGACAUCACCAGAAUCACCUCCGAAGCUCUCUUCCUCGUCUCCGGCGCAACCGAGCUAUUCCUCCAUUUCCUCGCCGAGAAAUCCGCGGAAAUCGCCGUCGAAAAGAAGCGUAAAAACAUCAAGCUCGACUACCUCAGACUCGCCGUCAAGCGACACCAUCCGACUCGCGAUUUUCUGCUUGACUCACUUCCGUUGCCGUCUUCUCAGCCGUUGGAUGAUCCUCCUGCUGAUCGGACGGUUAAGGGGAAGUCUGUUCUUCCGCCUAAUACUCGUCGUAUUGAUAGCUUCUUCCUCAAGCCUCCUCAGAAUGAUGAUUUGAGAAAUGAAGGUGAAGGUCCUGUUGAUGUUGAUGAUGAUGAUGAGGAGACCUAGGGUUUUGGUGUUAGAUUGAUGAAAUGUUGGUGAUUGUGUGUUUGUAGAUGGUUGAGACUUUCAAUUGAAUUAUGAUAUCGUUUUUAUUGUGUUUUA